AUGGUUUCUCAGUCGACCACUCCGUCCGAUAGCCAGAACCGCGGCUUUUCCGGCGAAUCGGCGCCGCCGUCUGCUUCCGACGUCGCCACCAACACUCCUUCUGCCGCUGCGAAGACCACCGCGUCUGACACGGCGGCGGCGGCCGCCACCGGCAACGUCGCCGCUCCUCGUGUCAACGUUAGCGCCGCGCGUACCUCUGCUAAAACCGUCAGUGGAGGCGGUCCUGCCGCUGGAGCAGGUAUGCCCGCUUUUUCCAACCCUUUAAGUUUAUCCGACAUAGAAUGGGACUCGGAGGGUAUUGAUUUGCUGUGUGGGGGUGGUAAUGCGGUUGUCGCGAGUGAGCGUGUAGAUAGACCUGACGGUUGCAUUUUAGGGCUAGGGGUGGGCGCGCUAACUGACACGGGUACCUUCCUAAUUGAGCGCGGAGCGACCUCCCGGGUUGGGGACAACCUGGUGAAGUUGUCCUCUGAAAGCGUGCCGGAAGACACACCUCGCGACUCGGCCGGGGAGGACUCAGUCGCGGAUUCCCCCUCGCUGGCUCUGUCAGAGAAGCCGAUUCAUCCGUUCCAGGCGGUUGCGGAUAGCGAGUAUCGCGUGCGCCUGCAUGCGGAUAUGUGGGAAGGGCGAGAAGUUCCCGAUGCAGUUUAUUCGUACGGGCUUAAGUACAAGCCUGCUUAUUCUCCUGCUCAAGUACUCCGCCAGCUUCACAGGCAUCAGCUUCCCACGGACUGGGAGUAUGCGGCUCCAUCUCUCGAAGGGCGUUGCGGUUCUUGUCCCAUUGGGUGGAUCACCAUUUUUACGGAGCAUAUGCGGUUAGGGUUGGAGUUCCCGCUGGUCCCGCUUCUCACUGGGAUACCGCUACACCUUAACUGUUCAUUGAGCCGCCUUUCUCCCUCCAUAAUAUUCCAUUCCAUCUGCUAUCGUGCGGCUUGCGCCCGCCUAAAAGAGGAACCGUCAAUCGACGCCUUCCGGCUGCUGUAUUCCAUGACCGGCUCGAAGAACUGCUGGUCACCCCGAAGGCGGUCAAAGAACGUUGGGUUCGUCUAUGGGUCUCCAAAGCUGGAUUCCCCCUGGUACAGCGAGUACUUCUUUGCUCGCCCCGCCGGGAAAUGGUACUCAGGGGACGUGGAGCCAUUGACUGUGUUUUCCUUUGGGCAGACAGAUGACUGGGAUGAAGGGGUCAAGCGGCUGCAACAUCUGAGACCGCACCUCGACCGCAUCACUUCGACUGUUCAGUUUCGGUUGCCCCCGCAUGGGCAUGAUAACGCCCUUGAGAUUGUGCAGCGUUUUCACGGUUAG